AUGAAAUUCAACCGUAAAGUUAGCAGUUCUAGAAGAAAAUGCCGUAAAGCUCAUUUUACUGCUAAUGAUGCUAAAAGAAGACUUAUUAUGUCUUGUGGUUUAAGUAAGGAGUUAAGAGAACAGUACGUAUUUAGGAGUUUUCCAGUAGUGAAGGGUGAUGAAGUGUUGGUUUUGAAGGGAGAUUUGAAGGGUAAGAGUGGUAAAGUGAUUAAAGUUAAUCGAGCGACUUAUCGAGUUUACUUAGAUAUCUCUUAUCGGAACAAGAAGAACGGACAGAUAGCUCGAUUUGGUGUUCAUUCUUCUGGCUUACAGAUCACUAAGUUCUGUAUGGAUCACAACCGGGCUGAGUUACUGGAGAAGAAGAAGAAGGCUCGUUUGGCUGAGGACCAACGUAAGGCUGAGUUAGUAGUGGCUUAG